AUGAAUAUUUCCACAUCUACUUUCCAAACUUCAAGGAGGAGACUAAAGCAAAUAGAGGAAGAAGAAAAUGCGACCACUUUGCAAUUGGGACACGAGUUCCAAUUGACACAGAUUAACCAUCAAGGUGAGGAGGAACCCCUGAUUGCAUUGAAUCUGUCCGAAACAAGAUUGCUAAUCAAGGAGGCUCUUGUCGGUAGGAGAAGAGCGUUGAAGAAAGUGCAAAAGUCCAAUAUAAAGAAACGCAGUGACGCUAGGAAGGAUGAUCCAUCGGUUGAUGUGGAUGUUGAUGAAGAUGACGACGACGAUGAUGACGAUGACCAGUUUAUGAAUAAUGAAACGACAGAGAAGGAACUGGAGGCAUUGGAUUUGUUGCUGGAACAAACUACAACGGGGAACAACAAAGACUUGAAGAACACAAUGGAGUAUUUGACCAACUUCUCAAGGUUCAAAGAUCAGCAGACAGUCAGCGCAGUGAUACAGUUGAUGAAAACGGUCGAUGCGGAUCUGCAUCCUUUUGAGAUCGCCCAAUUAGGGUCCCUCGCUUGUGACACGGCAGAUGAGGCAAAGACACUGAUACCAAGUUUGAACGGGAAAAUAUCGGAUGACGUCCUGGAGAGAAUAUUGAAGGAAUUAUCCAGCCUGGCUAGUAUGUAUUGA